UUCUGGAACGGUCGUUGUGGCGCGCUGGGCAGGGGGCUUCACUUGAGGCUUUUGCCACCUUUGGAGCUGGGCAGUUGAGGCAGCUCCUGGGCGCCGAGGAUGUUGCGUAAACUCACGGUCGACCAGAUCAACGACUGGUUCACCAUAGGCAAGACGGUGACCAACGUGGAGCUCCUGGGCUUGCCGCCCGCCUUCCCUGCCGAGGCAACCCGGGAGGAGGUGCAGCGCCCGGAUGCAGCCCCCGGCGAGGUCCCUGCGGUCCAGGCCCAGGUUCCAGGUCCAGUUGCGGCCACAGCACCGGCCAGGCCGGCUUCAGCCUUUGGGAGGUCACUCAGCCAGAGGAGCUCAGAAAUGGAAUACAUUAACAAAUACAGACAACUUGAAGCACAGGAACUUGAUAUGUAUGGCCGGGAUCAACCCCCCAGUGAGCCAGGUCUAAGGUCACCAUUGGCUAAAUUAAGCAAUGUGGCAUGUAUCUCAGAGACAACUUAUAAAUAUCCUGAUUUGCCUAUAAAUCAGUGCAAAGAAGAGGUUAUUUCUUUGAUAGAAAGCAAUUCUGUGGUGAUCAUCCACGGUGCCACGGGUAGCGGUAAGAGCACCCAGCUCCCACAGUACAUCCUGGACCACUACACUCAGCGCUCUGCCUUCUGCAACAUAGUGGUCACGCAGCCUCGGAAGAUAGGGGCCAGCAGCAUUGCUAGGUGGAUCAGUAAGGAGCGCUCCUGGACCCUGGGUGGCUUGGUGGGCUAUCAGGUAGGGCUAGAGAAAAUAGCAACAGAGGACACUAGGUUAAUUUACAUGACCACUGGAGUCCUGCUUCAGAAAAUUGUGAGUGCCAAGAGUUUGAUGGAAUUCACACAUGUCUUCAUUGACGAGGUGCAUGAACGAACAGAGGAGAUGGAUUUCCUGCUGCUGGUCGUCCGUAAGCUCCUGAGGACGAAUUCACGUUUUGUGAAGGUGAUCCUCAUGUCUGCCACCAUCAACUGCAAGGAGUUUGCAGACUACUUUGCUGUCCCCGUCCAGAACAAGAUGAACCCUGCAUAUGUUUUUGAAGUGGAAGGCAAGCCCCACACUAUUGAAGAGUAUUACCUUAAUGAUUUGGGGCACAUUUAUCAUAGUGGGCUUCCCCCCUACCGUUUGGAGGAGCCAGUGAUAACAAAGGAUGUCUAUGAAGUUGCUGUCUCUCUCAUUCAGAUGUUUGAUGACCUGGACAUGAGGGAGAGUGGGAACAAGACCCAGUCGGGGGCCCAGUUCGUGUCGGAGCGGAGCAGCGUGCUGGUGUUUUUGCCAGGUCUGGGUGAGAUAAAUUACAUGCAUGAACUUCUCACAAACAUGAUUCACAAAAGGUUACAGGUCUAUCCACUCCAUUCCAGCGUGACUUUAGAAGAACAGAAUAACGUGUUUUUAAGUCCAGUCCCUGGGUACAGAAAGAUUAUUCUGUCCACCAACAUUGCGGAGAGUUCUGUCACAGUUCCAGAUGUCAAAUAUGUUAUAGAUUUUUGUCUGACCAGGACUCUAGUUUGUGAUGAGGAUACAAACUACCAGAGUCUGCGCCUGAGCUGGGCCUCGAAGACCAGCUGCGACCAGAGAAAAGGCCGUGCUGGACGGGUGUCUAAAGGGUACUGUUACAGGCUGAUCCACAGGGACUUCUGGGACAGCUCAAUUCCAGACCAUGUUGUUCCGGAGAUGUUGCGUUGCCCAUUGGGAAGCACAAUAUUGAAAGUGAAGUUACUUGACAUGGGUGAACCAAGAGCUCUGUUGGCGACUGCCCUGUCUCCACCCAGUCUGAGUGACAUCGAGCGAACCAUUCUUCUACUAAAGGAGGUUGGAGCGCUGGCAGUCAGCGGGCAGAGAGAAGAUGAGAAUCCCCAUGAUGGGGAGCUGACCUUCUUAGGAAGGGUGCUGGCACAGCUCCCUGUCAGUCAGCAGCUGGGUAAACUCAUUGUGCUGGGACACGCGUUUGGGUGCCUGGAUGAGUGUCUUAUUAUAGCGGCAGCUCUUUCUUUGAAGAAUUUUUUCACAAUGCCCUUUCGGCAGCAUCUGGACGGAUAUAGGAACAAAGUGCACUUCUCAGGUAGCAGUAAGAGUGACUGCCUGGCUCUUGUGGAAGCAUUCAAGGCCUGGCAGGCUUGCAGACAUCGAGGAGAGCUACGGCAUCCCAAGGAUGAACUUGACUGGGGACGGCUAAAUUACAUUCAGAUAAAGAGAAUCAGAGAGGUGGCUGAAUUAUAUGAAGAGUUGAAGAAUAGAAUCUCACAGUUCAACAUGUUUGUGGAUCCUCGCCAUCCUGUCUUGGACCAAGAGCAUCCGUACAAGCAACGCUUCAUCCUGCAGGUUGUACUGGCAGGUGCUUUUUAUCCAAACUACUUCACUUUUGGACAGCCAGAUGAGGAGAUGGCAGUGCGGGAACUGGCUGGCAAAGACCCAAAGACAACAGUUGUGCUAAAGCACAUUCCUCCCUAUGGAUUUCUUUACUACAAACAACUGCAGUCUCUCUUUAGACAGUGUGGCCAAGUCAAAUCCAUUGUAUUUGAUGGUGCUAAAGCCUUUGUGGAGUUUUCACGGAAUCCCACGGAGAGAUUUAAGACCCUGCCUGCUGUGAGCCUGGCCGUGAAGAUGUCCCAGUUAAAGGUGCCCCUUGAGCUCAGUGUUCAUGCUGCAGAGGAGAUCGAAGGGAAGGUACAAGGCGGGUCGGUGUCCAAACUCAGGAACACAAGAGUGAACGUGGACUUCCAGAAGCAGACUGUGGAUCCCAUGCAAGUGUCAUUCAACACCUUGGACAGACCCCGGACAGUUGCAGACCUCCUCCUGACAAUUGAUGUCACUGAGGUGGUGGAAGUAGGCCACUUCUGGGGGUACAGGAUUGACGAAAGGAACGCAGAGCUUCUGAAAAACCUGACUGCUGAGAUAAACCGGCUGGAACUGGUCCCUCUGCCUGUCCACCCACAUCCAGACUUGGUCUGCCUGGCACCUUUUACUGACUAUAACAAGGAAAGCUACUUUAGAGCGCAAAUCCUUUAUGUUUCUGGAAAUUCUGCUGAGGUGUUCUUUGUAGACUACGGGAAUAGGUCUCAUGUAGACCUCGAUCUGCUAAGGGAGAUCCCCUGUCAGUUGCUGGAGCUUCCAUUUCAGGCUUUGGAAUUCAAAAUCUGCAAAAUGCGACCGUCAGCGAAGUCUCUCAUCUGUGGAGAGCACUGGAGUGGCGGGGCCAAUGGGCGCUUUGCCUCUCUGGUGAGCGGCUGCCCACUCCUGGUGAAGGUGUUCUCAGUCGUGCACAGUGUCCUGCACGUGGAUGUGUACCAGUACUCGGGUGUCCAGGAUGCCGUCAACAUCAGAGAUGUGCUCAUCAGGGAGGGCCACGCUGAGCUAGCAGAGGAGUCCUACGAGUCAAAACAAAGCUAUGAAGUCCUCAAGGGUUUCUUUGCGAAGUCGGUGGAAAGCAUGCCGGAUGCUUCUGUGUCCUCUGCCAUGAAGGACGACGAGAAGCAUCUCAUCCGGAUUCUUUUGGAGAGCUUUGCUUCCAAUCGGCUGGGUGCUCCAAACUGCAAGGCUGUUCUCCAUGGGCCUUUUAACCCUUAUGAGCUGAAGUGUCACAGCCUCACCAGAGUAUCCAAAUUCAGAUGUGUGUGGAUUGAAAAGGAGAGCAUCAACUCUGUCGUCAUCAGUGACAGCCCUGCCGACCUGCACCAGAGGAUGCUGGUUGCGGCGUCACUCUCUGUUAAUGAGACUGGGUCUACCAUGCUCCUGAGGGAGACCUCCCUGAUGCCCCACAUCUCAGGCCUCCCAGCACUCCUCAGCAUGCUGUUUGCGCCAGUGAUGGAGUUAAGGGUUGGCCGUGAUGGGAAAUGCUAUACUGGGGUUCUUUGUGGCUUGGGAUGGAAUUCAACCACAGAGGCUGCUAUCCUGCCCGAGCAUGACAUCGAGCUGGCCUUUGACGUGCGCUUCACCGUGGAGGACAUCGUUGAGAUUAAUAUUCUCAGGGCUGCUAUCAACAAGCUGGUAUGUGAUGGGCCAAAUGGAUCCAAGUAUCUUGGCCCUGAAAGAAUCUCGCAGUUACAGGAAAAUGCACGCCAGAAACUUCUAGGCUUGUUCUGUCGGUUGAAGCCUCGAGAGAAGAUUACUCCUCAAUGGCAUGAGAAACCCUACGAGUGGAACCAGGUGGAUCCAAAGCUGGUCAUGGAGCAGGCUGACCAGGAAGGUAGCCGAGGGAGGAACACUUCCCUGUACCAACUUCACAGGCCUGUUGUGCUCAGCCCAUGACUGGCUAGUGCCAGCCCAGGCGGCCUGUGGGAGUGGAGGAGGUCUGCUAGAG